UUAUUUUUUUCUCUUUUUUCAAUAUUGUGCAGUAUUAUAUAUUUAAUUUCCACAGUAUUUCGAUGGAGCGUCGCGCGGUGCGCUUACUGAGCAGACGUUACACUCUGACGGCCACGGGUUACAAAUUUCUGGAAAUUGGAAUCAACGUUGGUCCACCGAGCUACGUGGAGAUCGCUCUGGGAGAUCAUCGGGGACAGGAAUUGAUACUGUCUCUCGGAACGUGGAAGGGACUCUACGAGCAGCGAUGGAAUAUCUAUAAAUUGCUGCUAAACGAUUACAAAGACAAUUUUAUAAGCGUCGGACCGUUAACCGUCAGAAUUUGUCUGAUGAACGACGUUACACUCGUACGUCUUGAAUCUUUGAACAUACGCGUAACGAUGAUCGAAUCGACGUUACGUCGAAUGUUUGCUCUGAACGAAUGUAUCGAUGUGACGUUCGAUCGACUCGUCAGAUUCGUCGAUACGAUCGAUACUAAGUAUACGCGAUUCUCCAACAUCGCGUCUGUUGUAACAGAUCCCGAGGAAGUGCCGAAUGCGAUACGCGAUUGCGAUAUCUUCGAUAGACGUCAACUCGUCGAUUGCGAGCUGUUAGCUUUAGUUUUUAGUGUAUAA